CGCAAGUUAACGUUCGACAUGGCCACGACGGCGUCUACCAAGGUGGCCGUCGAUGACAUAGAGAUCCUUCUCGAAGACAACAACGUGCGCAGUGCCAUGGGCCUCCCAGAGACGGAGGUGAGGUACCCUGCGUCCACGAGUAGCGUGGCCAGUCUCAACAAGCACAUGCGGGAGUUGGAAGUGCGCUACCACCGCACCCGCCUCAACCUAGAGCGCGCCACGCAAAAGACCGAAGGUGUGCAGAAGGAGAUUCGCAGGCUGCGUGUGGACAAGCAGCAGCUGGAAAAAGAUCUGCACAAAAAAUCCGCUCUGUUGGAACGUGUGGCUGCAGACAAGAAGUUGGCAGAAGCCCAAGCGAUUGCGAAUCGAGACUACGCCAAGCGCAUCGAGCAAACUGUCGCCAUGGGUACCCGUGGCCACGCCGCUGCGACCAAACAUGCCGAGCUCUUGGCUCGCAUUCGCGAGUUGGAAGCUCAAGGCGUGGCCCAACGAAACACCAUUGCAGACAAAGAAGGUGUGGUACAAGAUGCGUGGGCAAAAAUCACCAUCUUGAAGCGGUCCCUUGAGAUUCGAAUUCGAGACAUGGGACUGGAUGGCAACGUACACAACGGGUUAAUUUAUGAAAUCGCUCGGCUGCAAGAAGCAAACGCUGGCUUGAGCAUGCAAAUCGCCGUCGAAGCAACCCACGUGGCCGAGCUGCAGGCAGCCCUCGACUCGAAGGACCACGAUCUCCACAGGGCAGACUCGGCGCACAUUGCAACCGAGUCGGCACUCGCUACGAGUGAAGCCCAGGUGGCCAAGGGCAUGGAACAGAUCCAGUCAUUGCAAACCACUUGCGACAACUUGGCCGACGAAAAGCGAAUGCUCUUGGGCUACGUCCAGGAGCAGGCCGAGAAGCUUUUGCAGGCACAGGCAGCCGUGCAACAGCUCCACGCUAGUCACAAGCAAGCUAUCGACGCCCUGCAUGUGCAGUUACAAACCCAUGUGGAACGCAUCGAGAAUGCGAACGCCUCCGCAGUCACAAACCAAGCCGCACAUGACAAACUGCUCCAGGCAUACCACAUCACGCAAGAUGCCCUUGUCCACGAACGAUCUGGCGGUGAAGCGCUGCGAAAGCUGGUGCAGGACAAGACGUCGGCAGUGGAACACUUGCAUCGCGAGCUUCACGCGAUGCGCGACGACACACAAAAGUGGCAAAGUCUCGCCCAAAACCUUGAGCGCACCUGUGCGAGUUUGAAAGCCGACGCCAGCGAGUUGAACGAUACGAUUCAGACAUUGCAACACCGCGUGGUGGAGUUGGAGGCGUCGGUGGCAGCACACGCAAGCCGCGCCGACGCGUUGAACGCGACCAUGGCCAAAGCCGCCGCCGACAUGGAUGCACUUGCUCAAGAGCGCAAUGAAGCGGCGCGGUCGAUGAACGAAGCUGUGACGAUCAGCGCGACGGCCAUAGAGGAACAGCAAGCGAUGGCCGCGACCGUGGCGGCGCAGCAGCACCAGCUGGACCAACUCAAACAGUCCAAGCAGUUGCUACAGAACGCCAUGUUGGAGCAAUUGGCGGCCGUGCGCAAGCAAUUGCAAAUGGAGCGCAUUGGACGACUCACGGCCGAGAGUCGUCAACGAGGAGGAGGGUCGGGCUCUGCUACUUUGUCUUCCCCGAUCCAUCUGCAAGACGAGAAUGUUGCCAGCCAACGCAGUUUCAAUGUAGACGCGAUUCAACCGCGAGACGUGGCACUCCACGUCCCUCAGCCCCAUCUCCAGUCACCUCUUCCUCACCUCCUCCCCACAUUGUCUUCAUUUUCCUCGCCUACAAGCGCCCACGAAGCGCUAACGCUCCUGGACCUGGCGGGAUCAUCGGUAGUAGAGACCAGCUAACAGUUUGUGGGAUCGAUGCUACGAGUAUGUUUAUAUGACGGCUGCAGCGAGGACUUUGGGAAGUGGAUGAUUAACGUUUUAAAUAACAACGAGGCACGCCUUCGUUCAUAUUGAG